UUCAAUUUAAAUUAAAAUGAAAUUUGCCGAGCACCUUACGGCACACAUUACGCCGGAAUGGCGUAAACAAUACAUCAACUAUGAGGAAAUGAAGGCAAUGCUGUAUGCAGCCGUUGAACAGGCACCGUCGGCCGAAUUGGUAGAUCCCGAAGUUCUAACACGUUAUUUUGCCAAAUUCGAUGAGCAAUUUUUUCAUUAUUGCGAUAAGGAAUUGGCAAAAAUCAACACCUUCUAUUCAGAGAAAAUGGCAGAGGCAACUCGCAAAUAUGGCAAUCUACGCAGUGAACUAACCGAAACUCUGGAAAUGGGCACCGUGAAAAAACAGCCGAAAUGGAAAUCGAAAACCCCACUGGGCAAACGAAAUGUACCGGCGCGUAAAUUACAAGAUUUAAAAUUGGCAUUUAGUGAAUUCUAUUUGGGAUUGAUAUUGCUGCAAAAUUAUCAGAAUCUUAAUUUUACUGGCUUUCGGAAAAUACUCAAGAAACAUGACAAAUUGUUGAAUGUUGAUUUCGGAGCGACGUGGCGUAAGGAGCACGUGGAAGCGGCCCAUUUCUAUGUUAAUAAAGAUAUCGAUCGUUUGAUACAGGAAACAGAAACCGCCUUUACUCAUGACAUAGAGGGCGGUGAUCGUCAGAAGGCCAUGAAACGUUUAAGAGUACCACCGCUGGGCGAGGCACAAAGUCCUUGGACCACAUUUAAAGUGGGAUUAUUUUCGGGUGCCUUUGUGGUCCUAUUCAUCACGGUCAUACUUUCGGCCACAUUCUAUGGAUUUGGAGAGGAUUGGCGGGUGGGGUUACGUAUGUUUCGUGGACCCUUCCUAAUUAUUGAAUGUCUCUUUUUGUGGGGUGUCAAUGUGUAUGGAUGGCGUUCGUCGGGUGUUAAUCACGUUCUAAUAUUCGAAUUAGAUCCCCGAAAUCAUUUAUCCGAACAGAAUAUAAUGGAAAUUGCAUCUGUAUUUGGUGUUCUAUGGGCAAUUUCUGUAUUAUUUUAUAUCUAUUGUGAUCUCCUGGGUAUACCACAAUAUGCUCCGCCUAUAUUCCUGUACACGCUCAUGGCGGCAUUUCUGCUCAAUCCAACAAAAACAUUCUAUCAUGAAGCUCGCUAUUGGUCGGUACGUGUGUUGAGUCGUGUGAUUAUGGCACCAUUUUUCUUCGUAAAUUUUGCGGAUUUCUGGCUGGCCGAUCAAUUGAAUAGUAUUGUGCCGGCCUUUUUGGAUAUACCAUUUGUGAUAUGUUACUUCCGACAGAAUCCGUCGUGGAAUAAAAUGGGUUUAGAAGGUGGCCGUUAUUGCAUUGAGGAUGUCUCCAUUGUACGACCUAUCGUUGCCCUGUUACCUGCCUAUUUCCGUUUUGCUCAAUGUAUACGGCGUUUUCGUGAUACUAAAGAGACCUUCCCACAUUUGGUGAAUGCUGCAAAAUAUGCUACAUCAUUUUUUGUGGUAAUUUUCUCCUACCUAUAUCAGACCACAAAUGCCGAAUACACAAAUUCAAGGGAUAAUCCUUGGUUUUAUUGUUGGAUUUUUGCUGCCAUCGUAUCAUCCUGCUAUGCUUACACGUGGGACAUAAAAUUCGAUUGGGGUCUGUUCGAUGCUAAAGCUGGUGAUAACACCUUUCUAAGAGAGGAGAUUGUCUAUUCGUCAACGUGGUUCUAUUACUUUGGCAUAAUUGAGGAUUUAAUAUUGCGAUUCGCCUGGACGGUGUCGAUGAGCUUAAUCGAGGCAGGUUACAUGGAAGGCGAUGUUAUGGUAACACUGCUCAGUCCAUUGGAAGUGUUUCGGCGGUUUAUUUGGAAUUACUUUCGACUCGAAAAUGAACAUUUAAAUAAUUGUGGUAAAUUUCGUGCUGUGCGUGAUAUUUCGGUGGCGCCAAUGGAUUGUUCAGAUCAGACUACCAUUCUACGAAUGAUGGAUGAGGAAGAUGGUGUGGUAAAUAGGCGGGGUAAAAUGAAACUACCAUCGAAGAAAAAAGGUGAACAUCGUGUACUCCUGCAAGCGGAAUCUGUGGAUGAUUUGUGUUCCUAA